CGGGGUAGUAAGGACAAGUACGUGCAAUGGAUUUUUAUUAGACCUAAACCAUGCUGGCGGCUCUCAUCUUUCUCCAUUUCCCAUCUCUUCCUAUUUCCGUCUCUUUAUUCUUUGAAAAAACCUGAAAACCCUCUCUUCUAUUUUUUGUUUGAAGAGCAAAAACCCUAUCUUGCUUACUCCAAAAACGAGGUCGUUUUGGUCCCAACUGAUCCAAGAACGAAAGCUGUGAAAGUGGCUUAUCGUUCAAUCACAACAACAAACAAAGGCCUUAUUGAUAUUUCUUUUAUUAAUUUUCACAUAUAUUUGGGUGUGAGAGGGAAUGAGAAACAAAACAGUAUAACCCUACACUGCAAUGCAACAAGUGGGUAGCGCUGCUUAAAUUUACGAAACAGGAGGACCAACCUUCAAAAUCUAUGAAAAAAUGGAAUCGAGUAGUGUUCCGGAGUCAUCGCCUUCCAAUGUUAAAUUGAGUCGUUCAGAAAAGAAGAAAAUGAAGAAGCAGAGGAAACAUCGAGCUAUCCAAAAUGGCAGUGCUGAGUCGAAAGAGGAAGAAACUUCUUUAGGAACAGAUUCGAAUUUAGAGUCUAAGGCGAAUGUUAGUUUAGAUUCGGGGUUGCAGCAAGGGGAAAAUUGUUCAAGUAAGGAUGCUCAUUUAGAAAUAGAGCAUUUGACUCCUAUGCGUAGGAAGAAAAAGAGGAAAGAAAAUUCUUUGAUCGAUGAUUCUAAAGUUAAUAUUGGUGUAGAGUCGGGGUUGAAGGAAGAGGUGAAUUCAUCAGUGAAGGAUACUCUCGUGGAAAAAGAUUCACAUUCAGGGACUCUGGAGAGUAUUGGUUUCAAGUCUGGAUUGAAGGAGAGUCAAUUGAAUGAGCAGCCGGCUCAUUCAGAAAGGAAAGGAAAGAGGAAGAAGGAUCGUAAGAUGGCUAUACGUGGGCAAUAUGGGGAAGAAGGGCCGAAGUCUGUUCUAUUGUUCAGAGAUGGGAAUGAAAAUGCUAUUAUAUAUGAAAAUCAAAGUCAUUCUCAUGCGGAGUCUAAGGUGACUGUUAGUUUAGAGUCAGUGGAGAAAAGUAGUUUAGAGCCUGCAUUGAAGGGGAGUCAAGUGAAUGAACAACCGGCUGCUUCAGAAAAGAAAAGAAAGAGGAAGAGGGAGCACAAAAUGGCUAAAGCUGGGCAAUUUGAGAAAUUGGAUCAGAAGUCUGCUGUAGAGCUGAGAAAUGGGAAAGAAAAUGCUUUGAUAGAUGAAAUUCAAAGUGAUUCCUGGGUCGAGUCUAAGCUGAAUGUUAGUUUAGAGUCAGGGUUGAAGGAAGGGGCAAAUUCAGAAGGGCCGAAGUCUGUUCUAUUGUUCAGAGAUGGGAAUGAAAAUGCUAUUAUAUAUGAAAAUCAAAGUCAUUCUCAUGCGGAGUCUAAGGUGACUGUUAGUUUAGAGUCAGUGGAGAAAAGUAGUUUAGAGCCUGCAUUGAAGGGGAGUCAAGUGAAUGAACAACCGGCUGCUUCAGAAAAGAAAAGAAAGAGGAAGAGGGAGCACAAAAUGGCUAAAGCUGGGCAAUUUGAGAAAUUGGAUCAGAAGUCUGCUGUAGAGCUGAGAAAUGGGAAAGAAAAUGCUUUGAUAGAUGAAAUUCAAAGUGAUUCCUGGGUCGAGUCUAAGCUGAAUGUUAGUUUAGAGUCAGGGUUGAAGGAAGGGGCAAAUUCAUUAAUGGAGGAUUCUCUCUGGGAAAGAGAUUCGCAUGUAGAAACUUUGAAUAAAAUUAGUUUAGGGUCUGUAUUGAAGGGGAGUCAAUUGAAUGAACAACUGGCUGAUCCAGGAAGAAAAAGAAAGAGGAAGAGGGAGCGUAAAGUGGCUAAACCCGAGCUAUUUGAGAAAUUGGAUGCAAAGUGUGUUUUAGAGUUGAGAGAUAGGAAAGAAAAUUCUUUGAUAGAUGAAAAGCAAAAUGAUUCUCAUGUGGAGUCCAAAAUGAAUGUUAGUUCUGAGUCUGGAUUAAAGGAAGAGGCGAAUCGAGAUGUAGAGACUCUGAAGAAUAUUAGUUUAGAGUCUGGAUUGAAGGGAACUCAAUCGAAUGAGCAAACAGUUCAAUCAGAAAGGAAAGGGAAGAGGAAGAAGGAGAAACAAGAGAAGAGAAGGCUUAGUGUUCUGGAGGAUAAUGAUAUUAGCUCAAGGAGGAAUGACGGGGAUGAUAAUGAAGCUGAAAAUAACAAUAUAUGUCCUGUAACUCAAAUAACUAAUAGAAAGGAGGAUCUUAUGUCUAUUUCAGAAAAUGUAGAGUUGAAAAAUAUGAAGGAAAAUUCUCUGAUACCUGAUAAGCAAAGUGAUUCUCCACGAACUGCAAGUACCAGUAGGGUGAAAACACAAGAUCUCCAUGUUGAUGGGAAUCUUGUUAUUCCAGAAGUAAAAGACAACAAAACCUUUCAGAUAGGGAAAAUGGUAAAAACCUAUCACAGGAAAAGGAAAAGGUCUUCGGAUCUCUUGGGAGAUACUUUUGAACCUGUCCGGGAGAAUGGUAUGAUGCAGACUUCAAUUGACCAUUUAGAAAAGGAACAUACAACUGGCAUAUCCGAAAGUAGGCUACAUGGAGUGCCGCUUGGGGAGCAUGCUAUGCCAGCUCGGCUUUUGGAGGAAGCUUUGGGCAACAGCACAGGCAGUGAAGCUGCACUCAAAGGAAGGAAAAGAAAAAGAACAAAGAAAUUGAAGGAGUCUUUGUGCAAGUAUCCAGACCAAAAGGAUGUCGAGAUAGAAACCAACAUGAAAGAAUUUAUUCCUUCUCCAUCGAACUUGGCUGUCACAAAUGAUGAUGUUGCACUAAAGGCUACCGUUAAAGAGUACAAUUUGUCACGAACAUUGUACCCUUCACUAGAAAGAAUAUGCAUCAGUCAUCCUAAGAAAAAGCUUCUUGUGCUUGAUUUGAAUGGAAUUCUUGUAGAUGUUGCUCAAAAGCCAGGUGAAUUCAAGCCGAAUAUUAGAUUAUCAGGGAAAGGAGUUUUUAAGAGACCAUUUUGUGAUGAUUUUCUCGAGUUUUGCUUUAGUACAUUUAACGUUGGAAUCUGGUCGUCAAGAAUUAAAAAGAAUGUGAAGAGGUUGGUUGCUUUUCUUAUGAAGAAAUGGAGACGUAAUCUGCUUUUCUGUUGGCAUCGAAAGCAAUGUACAAUAACAAAAUUCAAAACCAUUGAGGAUAAGAAAAAACCGCUUGUUUUGAAGGAGCUAAGUAAAUUAUGGGGGAGGCAUUCGCCUAAUGUUCCAUGGGAGAAGGGAGAGUAUGAUGAAUCAAACACAUUAUUGUUGGAUGAUUCCCCAUAUAAGGCUUUGCACAAUCCUGCAAACACUGCUGUAUUUCCAUAUCCUUACCAAUACAGGGAUACCAAAGAUUCUUCAUUAGGAUGUGGAGGAGAUAUUCGAACAUAUCUGGAAGGGUUAGCUGCGGCAGAGAAUGUUCAGAAGUACGUUGAGCAAAAUCCAUUUGGGCAACCGGCUAUCACAGAGUCAAAUCCACAUUGGGAUUUCUACUGCCAAAUUAUUGACAAAAAGAAAUGACAAGCCCCGUAAUUCCCUUUGCUGAUGUUGAUGGAUUUUGCAGGAUAAGUGGGGCAAUAAAUCCGUUAAUUGGGUGCCCUUUGGAAGUGAUGUUCGCUGAGAUUCAUUUGGAGUUUGUUCCAAUGUAACAGGAGAACAGUAUUAAGUUUUUUUUGUAAUUGCUGCUGAUCGUAAAACCUUUUAGGCCUUUCAUAAUUUACACUGGCUGCUUCCACCUUGAGAUGGCAUAUUUUCCCUUGAUAUGGCGGUAAGAAGUUGAGGACAGGAGCCUGGAAAAGUGCCAACAAUUUUGCUCCAAAAUUCCAAGUAGAGCAAAUGAUGGUCGGGGAACAAAUACGCAGUGAGUGAUAAAAGAAUAUUGGGGAUGGUACAACCAAAUUAAAUGGUGGAUGAAGGAGAUCAACAUCAA